GUCCUUAACCGCCUCCUCCUAGCGCGUGCGCACAGGAACCCGCCUCCUUAAUCUACAGCUCCGGGAGGAGGUGGUGAUGGGUGGGGCUGCUCUCGCCAACCAGAGCUCCUCGGCAGCGCCGCCUCUCGUUCCUCUUCCCUGCUCAGAGCACAAAAAUUGUUCCAGACUGAAAGUUCUAAACCUUCUGGCAUAUUAUGAGGAUUAUCCAGUUCUUUCAUGGCCUUCAUUAAUUGGAACUCCACCCAUCAUAUCCAUCAAAGCUCGUUGUCUUGCAUCAUCUGCCUGGAAAAAUAAUCCAAAAUUAGAGGAAAAGUAGGUAGAUCAAGGCUUGAAGUCCAGAAGAGCUGGGUUAAAGUCUUGCCCCUGACAAAUAACAGCCAUAUGCCCAGUUGAGCUAUGUCACCUCUGAGUGUACUGGAAGACAGUUCUCAAGACUGUAAAUGCCAUGGAAGGUGCUGCAUCUGUACGAUGAGCUCAGCUAAGUUCUUCAGGGAAGAGAGAAAAGAAGCCUAUAACAAACCAAACAAAUAGCAGAGGCAACCUCUCUGGAAGAAGCUCUCCCCCAGGUCCUGUACCAGAUGGAGUCAUCCGGGUCUACAGCAUGAGAUUCUGCCCUUUUGCCCAGAGAACUCUGCUUGUCCUGAAGGCCAAAGGAAUCAAGCAUGAAAUUAUCAACAUCAAUCUGAAAAACAAGCCUGACUGGUUCUUUAAGAAGAAUCCCUUUGGUCUAGUACCAGUUCUGGAGACCAGUCAGGGUCAACUGAUCUAUGAAUCUGUCAUCACUUGUGAGUACCUAGAUGAAACCUAUCCAAAGAAGUUGUUCCCAGAGGAUCCCUAUGAGAAAGCUUUUCAAAAAAUGAUUUUGGAGCUGUUCUCUAAGGUACCACCUUUGUUUAAGGAUUUGAUGGCAGGAGGGAAUGGAGGAGACUCCUCUGCCCAGAAAGCAGGGCUCCAAACAGUAUUUAGUAGCCUGGAGGAGGUUCUUACUCAUCAGAGGACAGCUUUCUUUGGAGGGAACACUAUAUCCAUGAUUGAUUACCUCAUUUGGCCCUGGUUUGAACGUCUGAGUGCAUAUGGGAUAGCACACUGUGUGGACCAUACUUCAAAACUUAAACUCUGGAUAGCAGCCAUGAAGAAGGACCCUACAGUAAAAGCCCUCCUUAGAGAAGAGAAAGCUCUUAAAAAUUUCUUACAUCUCUAUUUUCAGAACAGUCUUGAGGCUUGUGAUUAUGGGUUGUGAGGGGAGAGUCAUCAGCAACAAGGCUUCUUGCUCACUGGGUUUUUCUCUAUACUUAAUAAAAAUUUUUCCAUACCUAAAAAAA